CCACUUUUCCCUCCUGCCCUUUGGUACCCAAGCAAACUUAAAUAGCUUUCAUUCAAUUGUCUCUUCACUUUACAUGGCUAUUCUUAGCAUGGAAUAAUUCAGUAUGCUGGUCUACCAAUGGCAAACAGUUGUUGUCAUAAGUGCGGGAACAAAUGGCUGUGGCCAGCAACACCAGAAUUGCCUUCUGCUGGUGCUGUUGCAGAAAAAGUUGUAUGGAAUUGUACCCAGGUUUCUGCUCCUGCUAGCUAACAUGCUGAUCAAACAAAGAAUUUUACUUAAAAUCUUCAUUUAGCCAAGGUGCAAUAACUGAGAAACUGGGAAGUUUCAGUAUGCAUGAUUUGACUGCUAUACAAGGAGAUGAGUCUGUUGGACAGAGACCUUAUCAGACAUUGCCAGAAGCUAAAAAGAAAACCAGAGCCUCUGCAAGUGAAUCUUCAGGUUACAAAACCCCACUGGAAAAAAAUCCUGGAGAUGAUAAAACAGAUGAAGAGAUGGAGGGGACACAUUCUGAGGAUGAAAUGUUUGCUCAGAGAGGCCUUCGCAGAACUCAGAGUAUGAAGUCUGUGAAAACUAUUAAAGGCCGUAAAGAGAUACGAUACGGAUCACUAAAAUACAGAGUAAAGAAGAGACCCGUUGUAUACUUUUAAGUGAACUGCACAAUUCCUGCAAGAGAAACUGCUGUACUAUAGUAACUUGAAUUCAAGUGUUAAAGAUCUGUGUACAAUGCCUAGAAUGAGUCUGUAUGAACAGAUAUGGUAGGACUUGGUUUUGUGAGCCCAAGUGGUCAGAUAAAGUAUUACUCUGUUUUUCUAUAAUUGUGUCAUGUUUAGAUUUAAAUCUGGACAAGUUACAGCAUGGAUUUCAGCACUGCUUAAAUAGGAGUAAAAUGAGUAAUAGGAAAUACUCCUUUGCCAGAGGUAUUGAACAGAUUGAAAUAAUUGCAAAUCAAAUUGAAUUAAGAGAAGCUGUAAGUAUGUAGAGCUUGUGAAAAUUGAACCAUAGUGUCCCCAAGUUUACACUGAAAGAUAAAUAUACUUGAAACAUUUUUCUGAACUACAA